CAGGGGGGCGCGGUGAGCGCGUGCGGCACAAACGUCAAUGACAGAGAGCCGGAGAGGAGGGGAGCGUGGAAGGUGUAACGCCGAGCAGGGAAACAGGCACAGCACCCUUCGUCUGUGUGUUUAGUCCCGAUUCGCUGCCGCACUCUGUGUGUUGGUCUGUGUGCAAAAAGUAAAAUAAAAAAUAAAAAAACGCGGAGCGGCUGUCGAGGGUGUGAAGCUCCGGGGCUUUUAAGAAUUAACACGCCGGUAGUGUCGCGCGUGCACCGCGCCUGUUUAAACGGUCGUUCCAUGAGAAGGCACAAGGCAAUAAAAAUAAAUACAAAAAAACGACGCGAGCCGCAGAGCUGUCGGCGCGCGCGCUCCACUCCAAUCCAAACGAUCUGACCACGCGCGGCAAGAGUUAGCAACCACGCGUCCUGACAACGGCAGAGGAAGGAGGAGAGUUUUAAUUUCCUCCUUCUUUCUUGCAAACACUCGCUCCCGGCUUGUGACAGUUUUCAUUUCAGGCGCUGUUCAGAGUGGUCGACAAUUCUCCGGCGGCGGUUUCCACGUCUCGUCAGUGAGAAAUGUAGCGGCGAGGACGAGGGAGGCGUUCCCGUUGAGACGUGAGCCCGGUCCGUGUGAGCUCUCGGGCCGUUUACCAUGGGAUUUCGUUGGAGUUGAACGGUUUAAUCCGCCUCAGGCGAGACACGAAUCACAGCCGCCGAGUUGUCAGUCAGUCAGUGAACGGUUAGUGACCGAAGCGGUACCGGUGGCUCUUUCUCGUCGAUAUUUCUCAUUCACUCGUUUUGUUUACCUUUUGGUUCUCCACACAAACCGAAGGACUUGGAAGUUGUCUCUUUACAGCAGCGCUUAAAUAUUGGUGUAUCCGCGGUGACUGAGAUGUCGAAGAGGAGGAGUAAAAAAGGUGAGCUCGACACCUUUUGACCUAAUAUUUAGUCAAGUUUUGACACAGCUAGUAGCCUCCUCUGCGCUAACUAGCCUAACCGUUCCCGGAGGAGCUGGGAAGCUGUAGGCUGGGCAGGUAAAAGCUGAAGGUGCUUAGCCUUUAGUGACCGACUCGAGUUCACAGCGCAGCGCGGAGAAGCCUGCAUUUAGCCUCACCACAAUGAUGAGCAGUGGGCCAAACAUCGUGUACGAGUGGCUGAAAACGCUUCAGCUGUGUCAGUAUGUCGAGGCUUUCGUGGACAACGGCUACGACGACCUGGAGGUGUGUAAGCAGAUCGGAGAGCCGGACUUGGACGCUAUCGGCGUGUUCGCGCCGCACCACCGCAGGAGGAUCCACGAGGCGGUGAGGCGGCUGAAGGAAGAGGAUAGAGAGACUGCCUCAGGACUAUACUUUACCUUGGAGCCCAUGAUCCCGGCCCCAGCCUUGGAGUCCAGACUGCGGGGCUCCAGGUCGUGGACGGAGGAGAGCAGCAGCAUCGCGGCCCGCGGGGGGGCGCCGAGGAACCGGACCCUGGGGCACCACCGCAAGGAGCUGGUGAUAUUCCCCAAACUGAAGCUGAAGAUCAUGAUCAGGGACAAGCUGGUCAGAGAUGGGAUUAACCUCGCCAGACCACCCUAUUCAAACAAGGACGGCUCUCUGGGUAAUAUAGAUGAUCUGGCCCAGGAAUACUCGGAAUACUACAACACAUGCUUCAGUGACGUCAACGAGCGCAUGGAGGAGCUACGCAAGCGCAGAGUUUCUCAGGAACUAGAGAUGGAGAAAGCAGACUCCAGCUCCACUUCUCUCCAGCUGCGUUCAGAGAUCCAGGAGUCUCUGGGCUUCAGCAGUGAGGUGUCCACUCCAGAAACGGAGAGGAAGUUCCCUUUGCACAAGUCCAAUUCUGAGGAUGGUUCAGCACACGUCUCUGAAGUUCAGUCUCCUCUCACAGGGAAGUGGGACAACAAGAAGAAAAACAAAUCAUUCUGGCAAAACUUUAGAAAAUCACCAAAAGGGGUCACACGGCAGACCUCCAAAGGAGAAGACAUCGGCUAUGUGGCCAGUGAGAUAACGAUGAGUGAUGAAGAGCGAAUCCAACUUAUGAUGAUGGUUAAAGAGAAGAUGAUCACUGUGGAGGAGGCGUUGGCUCGGCUUAAGGAGUAUGAGAGGAGCAGGCAGUUGAGCACCUGUUCAGACACUGCAGAGUGGACUGAUGGAUCCAGUCCCACUGUUAACCUGUCUUCCACCUGCAACUCUCAAGAACAGUCCGAUGAUGAGCAGGAAGACUCUGUGAAGUUUAAAAGGCUUCAUAAACUGGUCAACUCCACUCGGCGCGUCCGCAAGAAACUUAUCAAAGUAGAUGACGGCAAAAGACAUGGUUCAGAAGACUCUUUGAGCCUUGAAGCCUCCCCUUCAUGUGAGGAUGCUAGUGCACUUUAUGCUGGAGUCCAUAAGAAGCCCUCCCGUUGCACGGACUCUUCACUGUCCUCUCUGGCCCAUGAGCAGCUUUCUCUGGAUGGUGACACAGACAGUCUGACCACCUCACCCUCCUCUAGCAGUUUGGAAGCCUGGAACUCAGCGCACAAGUUAGUGAAGACAUCCAGCAGCGGCCACCCACACGGCUUGAUCCGACCUUCUCCUCGCAAGAGUAGUGCUGGCUCCUCCUUCUCUGAGCUGGAGGGCCUGGCGGACGACGAGGCCAAGGUAUCACGCUCGGCCACCGAUGGAGAAAUGCGGAAGGCGCUGUCUUCUUUGACGCACGGGGUAAGUACCGACAGCAUUUAUGCCUAUUACGGCCUGACUCGUCCCCGUCCGCAGCAACAGCACCACCUGCUGGUGUCUCUGGAUGAAUUUGGCAGCACCAAGCGUCCAUCUAUUUCCACCUGGCAGCGCAGCAAGCCUGAUCCAAACUAUGCCUACUCUACUAAACACCUGCUGUACCAGCGUUCUCGCAGCACCCAGAAGCCCUCCAGCCCUCCCCCAGCUUUGCCCUUGUCCUCUCCAGUCCGGGAGAAAGGAAAAAGCCUUGGGGGUGCUGGGGGUGGCGGCUGGCUCUUUCCCCCCAGGCGUCUGCGAGGCAGGACUGCUGUCAGUGAGCUAAACAUCACUUACGUAGUGGAACGCAGCCUCUACGGCCACCUGAACUGGACCGGCCUGGUGCGUCCCGUUGCACUUGGCAAGGCAGAGAGGCGUUGCCUCUUGGACGACGAGAGGGAUGCAGACAGGAAGUGGGCGUCCAGUGUGGACCGCUGCACUAAGCGCGUCCUCUUGCGCAUCCAGCAGAAGUCCAGGACGUGUAGUUUUGGGGGCUUUGACCUGUCCAACAGAUCACUCCAUGUGGUCAACACAGCCUCUGAGCCCAAUAAUAAGGAUCAAGAGGCUUUAUACAGAGAUGGGGUGAAGUCUCCUACCACCUCUCGCAUCUCUCUGGGAAAGAAAGUCAAGUCUGUCAAAGAGACGAUGAGAAAACGCAUUUCCAAAAAAUACAGUGGCUCCCUCUCUGAACAGUCCAGUCCAGACGGAACUCCUAGCUCCCCUCAGUCUCCUCAGCCAGACACAGACUCUCUGGAGAAGCCCAAAUUAAAGGCAGGAGGUUCUGUUGAAAGCCUGCGCAGCUCCCUCAGUGGACAGAGCUCUAUGAGUGGUCAGACAGUGAGCACGACAGACUCGUCUGCCAGUAACCGAGAGAGUGUAAAAUCAGAGGAUGGCGAUGAUGAAGAGCCGCCGUACAGAGGCCCUUUCUGUGGCAGAGCCAGAGUACACACUGACUUCACUCCCAGCCCUUAUGAUACAGACUCGCUAAAACUAAAGAGAGGAGAUGUGAUAGACAUCAUCAGUAAGCCCCCCAUGGGCACUUGGAUGGGGCUCCUGAACAACAAGGUGGGAACCUUCAAGUUCAUCUAUGUGGAUGUACUGGCAGAAGAAGAGGAGAAGCCCAAACGCACAGUGAGGCGGAGAAGGAAGGGAAGACCCCCCAAACCCAGCUCUGUAGAGGAACUGCUGGAAAGAAUUAACUUGAAGGAGCACAUGCCUACAUUUUUAUUUAAUGGCUAUGAGGACUUGGACACCUUUAAGCUGCUUGAAGAAGAGGAUCUGGAUGAGCUCAACAUCCGCGACCCUCAACACAGAGCUGUCCUGCUCACUGCUGUAGAGCUACUGCAGGAGUACGACAGCAGCAGUGAUCCGGAGCGCAGUACCCUCUCUAGCUCUCAGGAGAAGCUCCUCUGUGAAGGACGGGGCUUAGUGGGCGACUCACCACGGGACUCUGGUUGCUACGAAAGCAAUGAAAAUCUGGAGAACGGUAAGAAUCGUAAAACCUCUCGCUCCAGUCGUGGCUUCGAGUCUGGCCAGAUCCAGGCUCCAGACUACCCCACCCUCCCCAUGACCUGCUCCACCGAGGCACUACAGCACCAGACCAAGAAGGAACGCAAAUUCCCCAAGCACUUUCUCCCCCGGCCCAUCAAGGGCUUCAGUCUGCGGGCUUUAGGCCUGAGGAAGAGGACCCGCAUGCCGGCCAGUCGCAGCUGUGAGGAGCUGGAUGGGCCACAGGAGCCCCCAGAGCAGUGGAAGCGCUCAAGAUCUCUGGGGGACCUGCAGUGGGAGCAAGGCUUUGAGCAGAAGAAGGAGCAGCAAGGCAAACCCUGGCAUGGCAGUGUGCACUUCAAUCAGGGGAAAGAGGCAGCAAAGUCUGUGAAAAACCCACAGGAGGUGAAGGUAGGCAGGACAGAGUUGAAGCCAAAGGCUGAAUUUGGGUCCGGCCAGGUGGAAAGGCCUCCAGUGCCCACUCAGCUGCCUUUGAAACCUACCUGCCCUGUCCAAGGUUCUGAACUCCCAGACACCCAGUCCCUCUCAGCCCCUACAAGCCCAACUCCACGGACUCAUCCCAAAAAGCCCCCUGUGCCCCCUCCUGUCCCUGCCAAAAAGUCAAAAGAGCGGCUGGUGAAUGGCUUACGUCACCCACCUUUGGUCCUGUCAGGCUCCACAGCAAGUACGCCAACUCUGCCUCCAAAACCCGUAAGCUGCCUUACAAGCCCCUCUGAAGGCAUCCCGUCCACUCCCGUAUCCCCAGAUGAUGCAGAGAGUGCACCAGUCGUGCCUCCACCCUGGCUGUCUGACCUGCCAGAGACUGCCUGCCCACAGAUUCAUGGGGUCAAGGUGACCCUCGGCAGGAAGAUCUCUCACGCCAAAAUGGCUGAUUUGGAGACACAACUAGACGGCAGGCUGGCGUCAGAAGGCAUUGAUCUCACAGCAGAGCCCUACUCAGAUAAGCAUGGCCGCUGUGGUAUUCCUCAGGCUUUGGUGCAGAGGUACUCUGAGGACUUCCAGCAGCCAGUGAAGGACGUGGCGUCUAUGCUGGACCAGAUCAGAGUUAAACAUCUCCGCAAGGAGCAUCGCAUGGCUAUUCCCUCAGGAGGUCUGACCGACAUGUGUCGGAAACCUAUGUCUUCAGUUCAUUUGAGCUCUGUUUCGGAUUGGCUGGUGUCUAUUGGAAUGCCCAUGUAUUCUGACCUCCUUUUGGCUGCAGGCUACGACACUCUGAGCCAACUGUCAACUCUAACAGAAGCAGGUGUGCGGGAGGCAGGGCUACAGGAAGAGAGACACAUACGCCGGCUGCUCAGUGAGGCCAGACUAGUGACAGCAUACAGUGCAAUGCAGUCUUAACACAAGUGCUGUUAUGAGCCUCAUGUAUGUCAUGUAUGAGAUGUAUUAAGUGAUUCAUAAACAGCACAGCUGCAGAACUUAAUGACGGAGUUCCAGUGGAAAGCUAAGUGCUUAAGGACAAGGAACAAAACUGUGCUAUCUGCAGUGUUCUAAGAAAAAAAAUUUGCCUUCAUCUUCCAAGCUUUUCUCUCUUGUUUAUAUUGCCCUCCUUUGCUGUGAUUUACAGUAAAGACUUGUGGCUUCCAUGAACAGGUAUCCAUCACUGUUCUCCAUGAACAGGUAUCCAUCACUGUUCUACUGAGAUCUUCAUUACAGCAUCCAGGAAAAGGUCACAGCCUGGAAAGAUUGCCUUUAAAGUGAUAGCACAACUUUUUCAGACAUUUUGAAAUUUUGUAAGGACUGUUAAACUUCCCCCUCUUUUUUCCUUUGUUUGAUAAGCACUUGUGUGUAAGAAAAAAUCUUUUGUGCUCCCUUUAGCACAGCAUGGCGAAAGCAAUUUCAAUUCCUACAAGUUAAAAUGUUCAUAUUUCCCUUUCUAAGCACAAAAGAUAUUAAUGCUUUGGUCAAAGGGAUACAUCUUCAGUCAGUUGAAUCAUUGAAUGCUCAAGCGCAAUGGUGGCACAUUGUGAUAUCUAUUUCAAGUACAUGUCUCAGAAUUAUACAUUAUUUCUAGGACAGCAGAGAGAGUAUAUUUGUAUAGUCAAUAAACAAAAAGCCAUUUCAUGAAAUUUCUCACUCAACUUCAGUGCCAAGUGGUUAAGAUAUAAAGCAUUUUUUGUAUUUUCAGUUAGUUUUAAAAAAAAUAAUAUUGUAUAUUCAGAGUGCAUUUAAUCUUCCAAUACACAAUAUCUAACACACAUUAUUCAGCAUCUAUCCUGGGAAAUCAGCGAUUAUUACUAAAUCGAUUAUGUAUUCCUAAAUUAAUUUGAUGUUGCCUCACCACCAAUUAUGACGCAACUAUUCAUACACAUGCUUACAACUAUACUACUCACUUUCUGCAAUGUAAUUAACUUAGGUGAUGCCUCAAACAGUGAUAAUAUGCUUAUAUUUUAUGUAUAUUUUUACAAGUCUUAAGUGAUUUGACUGAGAACUUAAAUUGAUUUGACUUUAAAUGUUGACAAUUUAAACUCCAGUCUUGAGCAAGGCAAAGCACACUGUCAAAAAUGUUCCAAGCAAAUCAAAGCUCCCCGGACACUCACAUCCACCAUUUCUACUCUAGUACUUGUUCAAUGUCUUAAUGACAGCAAGAAUCCUGUCAUGUAAGGAGUACACCAGUCUCUCUUGUGUUUCUGUUCAUUUUAGCCCACUCUCUGCUUCAUUCCCAAAGCUGAACUGACAUUCCAGGAUAAAGACUGCACUGUGUCUGUAACUGACCACUUCAAGAAACAGUGGAACACUGACCAGCAAAGCCACCAGACCUCAAUCCCAAUUCUCAAUUUGGUCUUCUUCUUGUGGCUGCUCCAUUUAGGGGUCGCCACAGCGGAUCAUCUGCCUCCAUCUUGCCCUAUCUACUGCCUCCUCUACUUUUACACCAACCAUCUCCAUGUCCACGUUCACUACAUCCAUAAACCUUCUCUGAGGUCUACCUC